CCGAAUAUAGCACAACAAAAAAAGAAGCAAACUGCUAGUAAACAUUACGACAAAACAUGGGAAAAACUGAAGAUCGCCGCUCAAAGCGAAGCAAACGCCAAAAGCCUGCCAGGUUUGCAUCACCCACAGCUGCAUCGCCGUCGCCAACAACUGAGACUUGUGAUGCUGAAGCAGUUAUGGUUGUGGUUGAGACCAACACUGAGCCACUCGGCAACACAGCAGCAGCAGCACUUGACCAGGUGGCAACCCCAACCGGGCACAGUGGAAAGACAAAUGAAUUGACCGGUUUAAGGACACGACCCGCAUCCAGCACAAAGGGAGGAUUGGCGUCAACGACUCCGCCAAGCAGUGCCGGCAAGAAGGCGCCUUCGAGGAAACGUCGCAACACGGACACGUCGAGCGACGAGGAGCGUUGGUUGAAUGCCAUCGAAACUGGCAAACUAGAGGAUGUCGAUGAUGAGCUGAAGAAGAUCAAGGAUCCCAAGUUAAUGACAGCGCGCCAGCGAGCGAUGUAUGAACGAACGCAAGAAGCGGAGCCGGCGCUAGCGGGAUUCGUGGAGGAACUAAUCGCACUGCCCAGCGGGUACAGGGAGAAGGAGAAACCUCAAACGGCCGAGGAGAUUCAGAAGGCGGCCCUCAAGUCGCAGAAGCGCAAACAACAAGCCGACGAGCGGCGCGAAAAGGACAAGCAGAAGACCAUGGAGCGUCUGCUCAAGAAGCAAGAAACAGGCAAACAGCGUUCGGCGGCAGCACGGAACAGGCUCAAUCAGAAGCAUGCCCUGCCCUCCCUCACCUACAUGAAUACCCACGAUGGGAGCUACAUUCUGGUGCCACCUGGACAAGCAUUUCCAUUGCAGGCACAAUCGGCAAUUAAGCCGCCUCCGCGACAGCUGUGCGGCAUUGCCGGCUGUGGCAAUCGCAAGAUCUACAGUUGCUCCAAAACAAAUAUGCCCCUAUGUAGUCUAGCCUGUUACAAGAAGAAUCUGUCCGUUGUCUAGCCAGGAUUAGGUCUGCUGAAGUUCGAAUAAAUAAGUAUGUGAUUUUAUUAAUAUAA